UUUCUACUGGUACCGUUGAAAAAAGAAAUGACGUGAGAAGAAAAUAAUCGAUAAUACUUCGCUUAUGUAUAUAGUAUAUACAAUACAACAGGUAUAAGGUAGGCAGUUGCUCGAGUACAUUUGGAUCGAUGCGACGAAACUAAUAUAUUAGUUCUGAGGAAAUUUACUCUGUUACUAUUCUGUCGAACAUGGAGUUAUUUACAGCUUUGAGCUUAUUCAAUCGGCAGAAAUACGAAGCGUGUGCCGCGAUAUGCACCGAAUUGUUGAGGAAAAAUCCGUUGGAUCAGGCCGUGUGGGUCUUGAAAAUGCGUGCCUUAACGUUGCAACUCUAUGUAGACGACAUUGAAGGCGAGGAGGAGGGAAUCGCGGAGACUCUGCUAGACAAUUAUGCGAUAUCGAUGAUGCCCAGGCCGGGAACUUCGUUGAAAAAUCCUGGUACUAGUUACACCGGUCAAGGAGUACGGCCCAAAUCUCAAUCCGGUAGACCUGUUACUGGGGUAGUUCGACCCGCUACUCAGGCUGCGACGUCGCAAUCGAUUGAACAGGCAUUGAAAACACCGAGAACAGCAAUGACCGCCAGGCCGAUUACAGCGAGCUCAGGACGCAGUGUUAGGCUUGGUACUGCGUCGAUGCUGACGGAGCCGGGUGGACCCUUUAUCCAAUUAUCACGCUUGAACAUAACUAAAUAUGCUAAUCAACAAAGCAUAGCAAAACCGUUGUUCGAAUACAUAUAUUACCAUGAACAUGAUGCUAGAUACGCGUUGGACUUGGCCGUCCAGGCAACCCAAGUCUGUCAAUAUAAAGAUUGGUGGUGGAAAGUUCAAUUGGGAAAGUGUUAUUACACUUUGGGAUUAGUGAGAGAUGCGGAGCAGCAAUUCAAAUCAGCGUUAAAAGAUCACAAAAAUAUCGAGACAAUUUUGCGACUGAUCAGGGUCUACAUUAGGCUCGAUCAGCCCUUGGCCGCACUGGACACGUGUAAGAGAGGUCUCGAGUUCUUCGCGAAUGACGUUACAAUACUUACGGAGAUGAGUCGUAUAUUUGAGGGCCUGAAUAAUACGUCGAUGUCCAUGAAAUAUUAUAAAGUAAUCGCGCAGGAGGACGCUUCUCACACCGAGGCGAUUGCCAGUAUAGGCAUGCAUCAUUUUUACAAUGAUCAACCGGAGCUAGCUUUGCGUUAUUAUAGGCGUCUCUUGCAGAUGGGUGUUCACAAUGCUGAGUUGUUUAACAACCUCGGACUUUGUUGCUUCUACGCUCAGCAAUACGAUCAUACCAUAUCGUGCUUCGAGAGAGCGUUGAAUCUUGCGACAGACGAAAACAUAGCCGAAGUAUGGUACAAUAUUUCCCACAUUGCUAUCACGUUGGGCGAUUCAAUAAUGGCCGAGGAAUGUUUGAGGCUAGCUAUUGCGAGCGAUAAUAGACAUGCUCUGGCCUACAACAAUCUUGGAGUGAUGGAAAUACGUAAUGGAAACGUUACCGCGGCGCGAACCUAUUUUCAUGCAGCAGCCAACAUAGCUAGCUAUGUACACGAAGCGCACUUUAACAGUGCACACUUAGCUUACGAGCUUGGAGACCUACAGACAAGCUAUAUCGCAGUACAAAAAUCGUUGCAAGCCUAUCCCGGACAUUACGACAGUAAAACUCUUUUGCAGAAAUUGCAAAGAUAUUUCUCGUAUAUAUAAGAUGAACGAAAAGGAUCUUUCUUAUUUUACACUAGAUCAUUUUAUUUAAUGUUGUAACAUAUUGAUCCUUAAACAUAAUUAUCUAUAUAUACAUAAUGUACAUGUAC